AAGAUAAGAAAAAGAAAGAAAGGUGUAGCAUGGGCGCCACUAGCAUUCCCCCGGCCUUCCUCUCUGCUAAUGAACUCCUCCUUUUUCUAUGCCUAAUUGUGUGCUCUUUGGAGGGCUUUUCCUGUGCUGAGAGCCAUCAAUAUCAGUAUACUCAUACCAUCCAUGUCGCCUCUCUUUUACCCUCCUCUGCUUGCACCUCUGAUGCUGCUGCACAAGCUUGGGACAAAGAUUCCUCUUUAUCGGUUGUCCACAAACAUGGCCCAUGCUCUCAACUCCAUCAAGAAAAAGCAAGUAUUCCCACUCACGCCCAAAUCCUCCUCCAAGACGAAGUCAGGGUCAAGUCCAUUCAUUCAAAGCUUGCCAAGAACCUAGACCUCAACAAUGCCAAGCAGACCGAUGCAGCGGCCCAACUCCCGGCCAAGGAUGGUAGCCUGAUCGGCUCAGGCAAUUACAUAGUCACAGUGGGUCUUGGCACCCCAAAGAAGGAUCUAUCACUCAUAUUUGAUACCGGAAGUGACAUCACAUGGACACAAUGCCAGCCUUGCGUAAGAAGAUGCUAUAAACAGAAGGAUCCGAUUUUUUCACCCGCUUUAUCCUCCACUUAUUCCAAUGUUUCGUGCUCCUCCACGGCCUGCAGUUCACUGAAUUCUGCAACAGGUAACUCGCCUAGCUGCUCAUCAGCAGCUUGCGUUUAUGGCAUCCAAUAUGGAGACUCCUCCUUCUCAGUUGGAUUCUUUGCUAAAGAAAAGCUCACCUUGACAUCAAGGGAUGUGUUCAACAACUUUCUAUUUGGAUGCGGACAAAACAACCAAGGUCUUUUCGGUGGCGCAGCUGGUUUGCUAGGACUUGGCCGAAAUAAACUGUCUCUGCCUUCGCAAACCGCCGUAAAAUACAAGAAAAUCUUUUCCUACUGCCUGCCAUCAUCUCGAAGCUCAACUGGUUUCCUCAGAUUCGGAAACGGUCGCGUCUCGAAGUCUGUAAACUUCACAACAUUAUCAACAAUCCCCCAAGGGGAAUCCUUCUACGGUAUCAACAUUAUCGGAAUAAGCGUCGGUGGCAAAAAACUAUCAAUCUCGGCAUCGGUUUUCGCUGGCAGUGGCGCCAUCAUUGACUCCGGAACCGUCAUUACGCGGUUGCCGCCGACUGCCUAUUCAGCACUAAGGUCUGAAUUUCGAGGACAGAUGAAGCAAUAUCCAAUGGCACAACCACUUUCCAUACUGGACACAUGUUAUGACUUUAGCAAGUAUUCUACUGUUACAAUACCUACGAUAAGCUUCUUGUUUAGCAGGGGUGUUGAGGUUCCGAUAAACGCAAGGGGAAUUUUGUACGCUAAUGGUAAAACCCAAGUGUGCUUAGCGUUUGCCGAAAACAGCGACGACUCGAUUGUGGCGAUUUUCGGGAAUACACAGCAGAAGACAUUGGAAGUGGUCUACGAUGGUGCUACAGGGAGGAUUGGUUUUGGAACUGCUGGCUGCACCUAACUUUUAAUUUUAUUUACUAUUUCAACCAUCUUUUCUCAUCUUAUAUAUAAAACUAUACUUUUGAA